AGAACGAGGAUGGGUUGAGAGAGGUGAUGAAUGGGAUGAUUGGAGAGAUCAGACACUACACAGACGGCUGGAGAAAAAGGGAGGCGUUCGAUGGAGCAAAGACUGGCCGUGAUUUGACAUUUAAAAUCCCUGUCUGAUGAAUAAAAUCAACGAAUUGCCUAUUUUUCUUAUUUGAACUUAAUUCAGCAUAGCAUUUCAUAGUCGGCCUUAUUUGACCAGGCGUUGAAGAUGCCGGUAGCUGGUUUGGUCUGACUAGAGGAGACGAUGGAGCCAUGAGAAUGUACCAAGUCUUUCCGCGAAAACAGAUGGGAGAUAAAAACCUAUUCGACAUAAAAAUUGAUAUUUUUCCCUGUAGCUAAAAUGAGUUUAUUAUUGCUGCAGAUGUAUGCGUUUUGAUAAACUGUAGUAGGAUAGCUGCUAGAGGAAUUUUGAUGGCACUUACGACGCCAGGGAUUGAGCAACGAGUAACGUUACAUUUCGGAACGUUGAACAGUCGGGCCUUUCAAAGUGAGAAGCAAGAAUGAAUGUUAAGCAUUUUUCUCGCCCGAGGAUAACUGCGGUGCACGCAGCUGGUCACAUUUUGAGAGCGGUGUCAUCUUUGGAGAGUAGCGAAAUGCAAGUCAACGGAGAGGAGCGCCGUGCGGAGCUGUAAUAGUAAUACCCAAAUCCGUCUAGAACCAAGUGGAUGUUUUAAGCAUUUUUUUUCUUCCGCAGACGAGAAGAUGGUGUGCUGCCAAUAUCAAUGCAAGCGGUCCCUAUUUUCCCUGCCUUUUUAAGUGUAAAAGGAGCUCGUGCUACUUUGGAAUUAAGAACCGUCAGUCACGUAUGCGCGCCUCGGUAGCCAACGUUAGCUUAGCUGCCAUAUCCUCCGUGCUUUAGCUUCCAAUUGAGCAUGAUUGAAGAGUGCGUUUAAUUUCGCUAACGUCAACACCGAUGUUUUCGGUCGUCAUGAAUCCACCGACACGUUUGUUUGGGUGAACUUUGAACCAACACCCCCAUAGCGUAGAACAGACUAGCAGGACAUGUCGGCGUGAAGGGAACCGCACUGACUGUCUCGAAUCUCCUGUCAAGCCACAGACGUCAACAGCGCUGUGAAGAGCUGCUUAUUGGAGAGGGAAAAAAACACAUUACCUAGAUUGUUCACUCCGCCUUUUGGAGCUCUGCGCCCACGGACUGAAUCCCUUCCCUUCGAUUUAACAACCAAGCAAAAUGGGAGAGCAGCCUAUCUUCAGUACGAGGGCCCAUGUCUUCCAGAUCGACCCCACCACCAAGAAGAACUGGGUUCCCACCAGUAAACACGCCGUCACAGUCUCCUACUUCUACGACAGCACGCGCAACGUCUACCGCAUCAUCAGCCUCGACGGCUCCAAGGCAAUCAUCAACAGCACCAUCACCCCCAACAUGACCUUCACCAAGACCUCCCAGAAGUUUGGCCAGUGGGCCGACAGCCGAGCCAACACCGUCUACGGUCUAGGCUUCUCCUCAGAGAACAACCUGCUCAAGUUUGCAGAGAAGUUUGCUGAGUUUAAAGAGGCAGCUCGGUUAGCCAAGGAGAAAUCCCAGGAGAAGAUGGAACUCACCAGCACCCCUUCUCAGGAGUCGGCCACCGGCGACCUGCAGUCACCUUUGACCCCGGAGAGCAUCAACGGCACUGAUGACGAGAGGGGCACCACCCCCGAAACGCCGCAGUACCUCCCCGAGCCCCGUGCCGAGCCGUCUCAGAACCAACUGCCCUUCUCUCACAGUUCGUCCAGUAUAAACAAGCACUGGGAGGCCGAGCUGGCAGCCCUGAAGGGCAACAAUGCCAAGCUGACAGCAGCUCUGCUGGAGUCCACAGCUAACGUCAAACAGUGGAAACAACAACUGGCUGCUUACCAGGAGGAGGCUGAGAGACUACAUACACGCGUAACAGAGCUGGAGUGUGUGAGUGGUCAGAUGACCGUCAUCAAAUCCCAGAAGACUGAGCUCAACCAGACGAUAGAAGAACUGGAGUCGGCAUUAAAGUCCAAGGAGGAGGAACUGGAGAGGCUGAAAGAGGAAGUGGAGAGCGCCAAUGAGUUCCAGACUCAAAAGGAAUCACUAACACAGAAACUGCAGGAGACGGAGGAGAGGAACCAGACGUUGGAAGCUCAGCUGGUGGAGUUAGAGCAGCGUCUGGAGGGCAGUCAGCUGGAGAGAGAGGCCUUCAGGAAGAGUCUGCGCACCCUGCUGGAGCUGCUGGACGGGAAGAUCUUUGAGCUGACAGAGCUCCGAGACAGCCUGGCCAGACUCAUUGAGGGCAGCAGCAGCUAGAGGAGAGAAGUGCUCCCCCUGGUGGAGCUUCAGUACUCCUACACCAUCACCACCAUUAUAACAACACAGUGAUGGGAGAAUAUUGCUAGUCAGUGCACAAAGGCACUGCACGGAAAUAUUCACUCUGUUAUUACUACACAUAUAGUCAUUAUGCUCCACUCUACUGAAAACGUGCACAUUGGUAGUAAAUAGAUAGACUUGCUCGCUUGGAUUUAGUUUUGGCUAAUGUUCACAACGUGCAUAAUGCUGGUCCACCUGUAUACUGUAUGCACAUACACUCACUCACUUCACAGAGGUCCUGUUGAGGCUUUGCUUACACCCUGCCUUCCCUCUCUUCUUCUCCCUCCCUGUGGAAUGUUCUUUACGCUCUGACUACAAACUGCUCAAAUAUUUACAAUGCAUUCAGAAAGUAUUCAGACCCCUUGAUUAUUUCCACAUUUUGUUACGUUACAGCCUUAUUAUAAAAAAUUUAAAAAUAAUUUCGCCAUCGAUCUACACGCAAUACUCCAUAAUGACAAAGCAAAAACAGUUUUUUUUAAUUUUUUGCAAAAAAGAAUGAAUAUCACAAUUACGUAAGUAUUCAGACCCUUUCUCAGUACUUUGUUGAAGCACCUUCAACUUGGGUAUGACACUACAAGCUUGGCACACCUGUAUUUGGGGAGUUUCUCCCAUUAUUCUCUGCAGAUCCUCUCAAGCUCUGUCAGGUUGGAUGGGGAGGUUCACUACACAGCUAUUUUCAGGUCUCCAGAGAUGUUCGAGCCCAGGUUCAAGUCCAGGCUCUCGCUGGGCCACUCAAGGACAUUCAGACUUGUCCCGAAACAACUCCUGCGUUGUCUUGGCUGUGUGCUUAGGGCCGUUGUCCUGUUGGAAGAUGAACCUUCGGCCCAGUCUGAGGUUCUGAGCGCUCUUGAGCAAGUUUUCAUCAAGGGUCUCUCUGUACUUUGCUACAUUCAUCUUUCUUUUCUCCCAGUACCUGCCGCUGAAAAACAUCCCCACAGCAUGAUGCUGCCACCACCACGCUUCACUGUAGGGAUGGUGCCAGGUUUCCUCCAGACGUGACACUUGGCAUUCAGGUCAAAGAGUUCAAUCUGGGUUUCAUCAGACCAGAUCAUUUUGUUUUUCAUGGUCUGAGAGUCCUUUAGGUGCCUUUUGGCAAACUUCAAGUGCGCUGUCAUGUGCUUUUACUGAGGAGAGACUUCUGUCUGGCAACUCUACCAUAAAGGCCUGAUAAGUGGAGUGCUGCAGAGACGGUUGUCCUUCUAGAAGGUUCUCCCAUCUCCACAUAGGCACUGUGGAGCUCUGUCAGAGUGACCAUCGGGGUUCUCCCUGACCAAGGCCCUCCUCCCCUGAUUGCUCAGUUUGGCAGGGCGGCCAGCUCUAGGAAGAGUCUUGGGGACCUUCAAUGCAGGCACUGUGUUCUUAGAGACCUUCAAUGCAGCAGACAUUUUGUGGUACCCUUUCCUCAACACAAUCCUGUCUCGGAGCUCUACGGACAAUUCCUUUGACCUCAUGGCUUGGUUUUUGCUCUUACAUGCAGUCAACUGUGGGACCUUAUAUAGACAGGUGUGUGCCUUUCCAAAUCAUGUCCAAUCAAUUGAAUUUACCACAGGUGGACUCCAAGUUGUAGAAACAUCUCAAGGAUGAUCAAUGGAAACAGGAUGCACCUGAGGUUAAUUUUGAGUCUCAUAGCAAAGGAUCUGAAUACGUAUGUAAAUUCUGUUUUUAUAUUUAAUACAUUUGCAAAAUUUGUCAAUCUUUUUUUCGCUUUGUUAUUAUGGGUUAUUGUGUGUAGAUUGAUGAGUAACAUUUUUAUUUAAUCCAUUUUAGAAUAAGGCUGUAACGUAACAACAUGUGGAAAAAGCCAAGGGGUCUGAAUACUCUAGCAUUCCAUAGGAGGGGAUGUUGAAUAUGGUUAUUUUGCUUCAGGGUUGUCUUCCAUCACAGACUUUGAACAGGAAAAAGGAAACGCUCAUUUUCUACAUUUUAUUUGGUGCAAAGUUCAGUUCAGUCAUCCAGAGUCGCUCGCUGGUGGAUGUUUUGCUAUUAUUGUUUACUCUUCGCUGUCGUCCGCCACACAUUCAGGUCUGUUUUUGAACUAUUCUUAUUCCGUUAUUACUACAGUACUACUAUUGCUCUGUUUACUAUGGAGAUAUCAAUGUCAGCCAAAAGGACAGUCAGAUGAUCAGAUGUCAUGGAAAUGGAGAGUCAGACUCACUGGUCUUUACAGCGUUUCACUGGACUCUAUGGCCGUUCGCUCUGAGGCCCCAUCUGACACUGGACUAGGACUAAGGGUCAGAGGUCAGACAGGUGACCUCCCAGUCACUUUAUUAAAUGCUCCCAAUGUCCUCCCUCCUAUCACAAUGUUACCAUGGAGAUUGAAGAAGAAUCUGGCAUAUUGUCCGAGAUUGAGAACAGAUCUUGGACAACCUUCUAUACUAAAUGAGCAAUACAAAGAGGGAGCAUCCAGAAGAAAAAUAAACGUGUUGAAGUCUCACUUUCAGGUAUUUUCCUCUUCUUCUGGGAAAUGUAAGGAGAGACAACGCUACUCCAGACGCUCAGCAGCGACUACAAGGCUUUCCUUUCUAACUUUUUUAUUACAAAUACUAAUAUAAUACAUUUAUAGUGCUCUUGUGAAAAUGGAAUUGUAUGUUUGGGUGAAUCCAAAACAAUAUUUUUUUUUCUUCUUUAUUUCCCCUCCCCUUGUUUUGGUUGCGACUUGGAAGUGCAAUGAUUGAUUGGUUCAUGGUGUUUUCCCUUUAUUUAUUAUUCCAGAUAUAUUAUAACCACAGAUUUUAAUGAGAAUUGUAUCAAACAAAGAUGUUUGUCAAUUACUCUUGUUUUUUUUAGGUAUGAGAAAAAAAGACUGGCAGUAUGUUUGAACUAUUUAAAAAGCUAAUGGAUUUAUAGUAAUUUGUGCAGGUGAGGUUUGCAGAGAGACUUUCUUUCCUUUUGCCAAAAUAUUUUCCUGUACAGAAUGUGAAUUUUGUUGACGUUGCCUUUGGUACAAAUAUGGAUCAAUGGUAACUAACUACGGUACUUUUGUGGGAUUUACUAUUGCCAAAAAUCUGUGAUAAUGUAUAAAAAAUUAUAACUAUAUGUAUACGUGAAGAACACUAUUUAAAGGUCAACUUUGGGCACGAAAAGUGGUCAGACACUGCCCCUUUCUCAAACAGAAACGGGGUGUGCCUUUGGUGGUUCGUUGAUGUGUCGUGUGAUGCGACCGAUUUGUUUUGGAUGGAAGCUGUAGAGAUUGGUAAGAAAUGGCACUUCUUUAGCCAAAUAUCUUAUUCAUCCAAUUAUUUAAGUUUUUAAGCAUUGACCUGGUAUGAUGGCGCAGUGAUCAGUUAUACAGUUUAAAGCCAUUAUUUUUCCGUUUUUGCCCAACGUCGACCUUUAAGGGCUUGUUGUUGGUUCUAGUAUCUUUGGGAGACUUAAAUGGGGUGUCUGGGUGAGUUGGCUUUAUAGCGUUUCAUUUAUGAUCUGUACUUCUACAAUUUGAAAGGGGAGAAACAUUUGAGUAAUCAUUUUAAAUGUUGAUUAUGCCACAUGCUUAAACACAAUUGUAAUUUUCAGUUUAUAGUAAAAUAAAAAAAACAAUUUA